CAGAUACUGCGUACCAGAAAGAAGUAUCGCGACUGCAAGGCGUUUAUGUGUCUGGAUGACUGCAUUGGCAUCCGUGAUGGCUUCAAUUUGGAGGUGCUGGUGAAGUCGAUCCCAGCACCGAGGUCCCCAGGUCGCCCUCGUAAGCAGCCGAGAAUGGGACAGCAUGAUACGACGUUCACAGGUCAUAACGCAAUCCCUAAACUAUUGACCAAA